GAGGAGAGAGGGAGAAAGUGAGCUCACGUUCACACAUUGGUGAAGAGGCUGGUCUUGCAAUGCCUUUGAAUAUUUUACUUUUAGGCAGUUCCUCAUCAGUCAGCCACACACAUCCGAGGCGAGCUGAAGCUAACUACAGCCAUGGACAGCACUAGGAGAUCUCAAAUCUAAUCGCACGCAUCAUUCCUCCGGGAUAUUUUUUAAAUUCCAUAUCUAAACACGCUGACAGGCAGCUGCACUCACACACUCACACACACACACACACACCACACGUCGCAGAGCCGCCAAGCAAACACCUUGUCUCCUCUCGCAGGAUAUACCCGCUCACACACAUCUCUCUUUAUCUCCUCCUGGCUUCCCGGAGGAUCCUGCCGGCUGUUUUUCAUGGAGAAAGUCCAGGGAGAAAUGGAGAUUGAGAGAUGGGAAAGAAGUGAAGAAAUUUCAGACGCAGAAAAAAAGGUUAUUCAAGAGAUAUGGAGCAGAGUAUAUGCAAACUGCGAGGACGUUGGGGUCUCCAUACUCAUCAGGUUUUUUGUGAACUUCCCCUCGGCCAAGCAGUACUUCAGCCAGUUCAAGCACAUGGAGGACCCGCUGGAGAUGGAGAGGAGCUUGCAGCUGCGCAAGCACGCUCGGAGGGUCAUGGGGGCCAUCAACACUGUGGUGGAGAACCUCAACGACUCUGAAAAGGUCUCCUCUGUCCUGGCCCUGGUGGGCAAGGCCCAUGCCCUCAAGCACAAAGUGGAGCCCAUCUACUUUAAGAAACUCACCGGUGUCAUGCUGGAGGUGAUUGCUGAGGAAUACCCCAACGACUUCACCCCGGAGGCACACGGGGCCUGGACCAAGAUGAAGACCCUCAUCUACACCCACGUGACAGCGGCCUACAAGGAGGUGGGCUGGGCUCAGUACCCCACUGCCACCCUGUGAGCGCCCAGGGGGCCACCAGAGGGGCAGGGAGGGCUUCGCUCACCCCAGGACUUCGCUCUGGUCUCUUCUCAAGAUCUUUGCUCGGUUUGGGGAGCACGGUAGGGCCAGUUCUGUCAGCUGCCAAGUCACAAUUUGAUCUCCAUGGGGUUUAAAAACAAACUAAAUAAGCCAAAAAAACCACAGAACCACGAAGGGUGUGGGUGGGUCGGGGUGAAGCCGUUGCAGGGGACGCUGGAAGGGGAUGCAGAGGGCGAGAGGAGAGCUUUGGUUGUUGGCUCCAUCUUCCUGUCCUGGCCUGUCCAUCACCACUUCCCAAAUCCUGCACCUCACUUGCACCAUCUCAAAGUCCCUUGCACAAAUGCUGCUGCCCUGUUCACUGAUGAACAACACAACCCUCAUUUUCCAUGUGAAGCCCCUGGCUGAACCUGGCUUUUGGGGGCACACCUGGAGACCUCUGACUGGCACCGAGAACGCUUUGCUUUGCACUUUGUGUAUCCCCUGGCAGGGCUGACAGCCAGAGCCCCUCUGGGUGCCCAUCACCCCGUGCUCCAGGCGGGCAGCAGAGCUCACCUCUCCUGUCACCCACGGUCCCUGUCCUUGGCUGGCUGCUGCAGACCCUCCUGGGGUGGGAGAGAAGCUCCCCCACAGCACGAGAGAGUGGAAGGAGGGGGAUGCCUUUGGGGGGAUCAGAGCAUGGUGUGUGAGUGGGAUCCCUGUGCCAUAGGUGGGGAGCUGGUGAGUGCACCCACUGCCCUCCAGCUUCCUGAGGAAGGGCUUGGAGGGAACAUGAUGUGCCCUGGGAGCUGGUGUGUGUAGGUCUGGCUGCCCUCUCAGUGAGAAGGUGGGUCAGGCUGUGGCUAGGAGGAGAAAAGAUGGCCCAGACAUAUCAGGAGGGAUUCUGGUUAUGAGAAAAGGUCCCUUCUCUGUUAACAUUAAUAAAUACCUUGUAUAGAGCAUAUUCCUGCCCUUGUGGUGAGACUGGGCUCCUCCAAAUAAAGUGCCUGGUAGAAAUCAGCCCACGCAGGAGCUGUGUCCCCCCCGGGGACAGCAGUGCUCCUGCCUGUGCCUGACAAAGGCUUCUCCCACACCCCCAAAACAUGGCUGCAGGGCUUGGAGCACUCAUCCCGCCUCCAACACCAACUCCUCCUGAACCUCUGGGUCAGUCUGCCUGGUUUGUGCCUCAGUUUCCCCUGCAGAUAUGAAAAAGGGAGGAGGAGCAGCCCCGUUGCCUCCUGCCCACAUGUGGUUGGAUUCAUAACAUUUCUGGGAACUGAAUGGCAAAGGAUUGAGGAUGAAAUGUCAGCUGUGCUGGGAAGCUUUGGAAUCUUUGCCACCCAAUAUUUCCCCAAAGGCCUCUGCUAUUUUUAGAGCUCAAGCAUUAAGGGCAAUGUUAUCUGUUGAAGUGGGAGGAGGGUUCCCUUCUGAGAUUUCCUCUGGCCUCGCUCCACCGCUGUCCUGGAGAGCUGGCAGCUUCCUGAGAGAGACCAGCUCCUCUCCUGGAUGCCAGCUGGACAGGCAACAAGCCCAGAGCUCCAACUGGGAUCCCCACAGCCACCCUGGGGACAUCCCUCCACUGUGGGGACAGUGCUCACUUCCCCAGGCUGGCCUCCCUCCUCCAGAGCAGACAGACAGACAGAAACUCCUGCUUUGCUCACCUGUGCUUUUCACCAUCCCUAGGAACAGAACAGGUUUAUUGUCCCUCAGAAUAGCCCCAGGACUCCAGUCCCUGCAGCCACUCUGGCCUUGCAGUCCCUUCCUUCCUCCAUCCCACAGUACCCCUGAUGGAGAGGAGCAGUGGGGCCUGGGGCAAUGGCGUGUCCUGGGCACCCGCGGAGAGCUGGGGGCAAUAACAGCUGGGCACAGCUGUGCUUGGCACGGCAGCGUGCAGGAUCCAGGGGGCUAGAAAAGGAAGGGACAGGCACAGGGUGACAAGUGAUGCUGCUUUGCUCAUGGGGUGGGCCAUCAGCUAGAGUCAGCAUCCCCAAAAUUCAGCCCACCCGCCUGCAGUGGUGAAGGGGCCAAUGGCUGCAGCCUCCAGCUCACACUGGGGUGUCCCAGCAGCUGCUCAUCCCUCGGGGGUCAGGGGAGACACCCCUCAAACAGCUGCUGCCUGGGCUGGGGGUGGAUGGGAAUAGCCUGUUCAGCCAUUGACUUCCCUCCAGUGCAGGACUGGAGAGGGAUCACUUGGAUCAAGACUGUUAGAUGAUGUUUGUGUGUGUGCACACCACGGGACUCACGAGCACGGCUUUGCUGACUCCUGCCAAGCCCUUGAGGCCAGCAGCACACAUUUCUGAGCAGUUCAUGCACUCCCUGUGCUCUGUGGAUGCUGGGCCAGGGAUGUUUCCGUACAGGGAUGUUUCAUCUUUAGACAAAAUUUGCACAUUAACCUUUGAGGUUAAUAAUCUCCAGGUGGGAAUUUUAUUUUUGCAGUGCAAACCCUUCCCCUCCCUUCCCACAACCAGAACUGGGCUCGCAGUCUGCAGAGAAGCCACUUUGGAGUGUCUGGAAAUUCUCCAUGUUCAUACCCAACCUACCCGUGUGCCUUGGCUUUUGGGGAGCAGCAGCAGGGAGGUCCCCCCACCUUCCCAUUAAACAGUGCUUUGGUUUCUCCUUUCUUUCUUCACAUCCCUAGGAAAAGCUGACCCGCGGCCUCCUGCGCCCAUGCGUGCGUGUGCUGGGCUUGGGGUUUUUUCCAGGCACUUUUUCCUAAAGCAGAUCCAGAUGUGUGCAGCUGCCGUCCCUCGAGGAGCACCCCCCCAUCAGCCAAAUUGCAGGCCACUCCAAUAGAUGCAAACAAAACCACGUUUAUUUUUAUCGGCUCCCUAGGAAGUGACAUGAAGCAGGAGGGCGGCCGGGGCGAGCCGGGGAGGGGAGGAGAUGCAGAUGAAACGAACGCCCCCUCUCUGCCGCCAGCAGCAGGGGAGGCACUGCUGGCAUCCAGGGACACUCUCAUCUGGGGAGAGAUGAAGGUCACCAGAGUAAGGAAAAAGCACCAUUCCAGAGUGACAGGGCUGAUAAAUGCCGUGUGGAAGAGCAGAAGGGGGGCCGUGUGCUGGCUCUGUGCGUGGCUCUCUGGCACACACACGUCCAUGCACAGCCAUUCCCUUCACUGCCAGCCCACUGCUCUCCCCUGUCCCAGUCCUGAACAAAGGGGGCCCCUUUAUCCCCAUUUUGUUCAGGUCUUGCUCUCUGGGGCUUGGCCUUUCACCUCCUGGCACUCUUAGGCUGAGCUUUGCCCUCCUUGGUGGUGGCAGGUAGGGGCCAACUCGCAAAGUCCUUUCUGCAGAGCUCACAGGUGGGAAGCUGGGGCUCAGGGCAUCACUGCCAGCACAUGUUGGGGGCCAGCUGGUCUCUCCCCUGCCCGUGGAGGAUCCCUGCACCCCCCCCAGACCCAGCCAGCCCCCAGCUCAGGCAGCGCCGUGGCGUUAUCAUCAGGGCUGGGCUUGGAGCUGGGAUCCAGGAGGGAAAGCCUUUGUGCCCCCUACCAGAGGUAGGGAAAUGCUGAUGAGGGGGGUUCAGUGUCCCUGGGGCAGGGUCCCCCUUGAGCACCUCGUCCUGGCUCUCUUUGGCAGCUCCUGCUCACAUCAACCAGCUCUUGUCCCCUCCCCUGCAGCUCAGUGUUUGGUCAGAGGGAGCUGAGCCCUGGGAGGAAUGGGAGGCACUGGUUUGGAUGGAGGAUAGAUCCCACCCACCAUUUGUCUCCCCCUCCACGGCCAACAUUGUUGGCAGGUUUAGCUCUGCAGACACCCAGCUGGAGAGAGCCCCCCAACACCACCAGAACCCUUAUGGGCCUUGUGCCACCAACCUCAUCUUCUCUUGGGGGGUGACAAAUCCCCAGGGCGGCCGUGAGCUCUCCCAGGGGGGGUCCUCUCACAUCUCUGCCACGUUGUCCCAGGAAAGAGGUCACAGUGUCUCCCCAGUGCCUGAGGGGGUGCUCAGCGACUUCGGGGGGGAGCAGAUUUCACCUGGCUGGACUCUGGUGCCAGAACUCAGCCUGCCCUGCCCCUUGCCAUGGGGAAGCUGCCCUGCUGUGGGAUGUGGGAGCGAGGGCUGCUCGGGGCAGCACCACCAGUGCCAGGCAGAGGGAUAAAAGGGAAACCCACACGCUGACCUUGGACCAGCUUAGGGAAAGGGAGGGCCAAAACCACCCGCCUGGUCUGACCUCUGUGCCAGGCUGCCGAUUAUUUUCCAUAGCUGAAGUUGUCUCUAAUUGUUGGUAUGUCUGCCCCAGCCCCAGCGUGACCCACAGACAUGAGCGUGGUCUGAUGUAGCUCCGUGUCUUUCCUGUUCCUGCUGCAGAUCCUGUUCAUGUUCGUGUUCCUCGGCGCUUCCGUGCUGGUUUUAUACCUGCGUUCCGUGUUUAUGGGUGUAACUUGUUUUUCUUUUUGUAGGUUUUUAGUAUGUUUGUAACCAGACAAAAUGGUGUUAUUAAACUGAAACUUGUAUCUUCAGUGGAUAAAUCAAUCAAACCCCCUCCA